AUGUAUAGAAGUAGGAACAGGAAUAGAGGGAAUAACAUCAAAGGUCCUAAUUCUGCGUUGACACAAUUUUUGCAGGAGGAAGGUAUCAGUGCAGAUAGUAUAAAACAGAGAUGGUUAGAUACCCAUCCAAUUGAAAAUGAAGAGGAAAAAUCUUCAGAUCAAGAUGAUGUAAAAGAGGGAGAAGAAAAUGAACAGAAUAUUGCAAUAAUCGAGGAAUCUAAAUCUUUAGAGACAUCUGUAGAUUUAUUGGAAUCUAGUGAUGAAGAUGAGGGAUCGAAAGAUGACCAAAAUGCAUCAAGAAUAUCCAGGACGCGAAGACUUAGAAAACUGAUUGAUAAUGCAGACAGUGAUGAAGAAGAAUACCAUGCAUCUGAAUCUCCUACUGUUCCCCUUUUUAGAAAUGCAAAAGAUCCGGAGACGGUUGCUAAGAAACGAGAGAGAACAAAGAAACUUAUUCAUGGUAGAAAGAAAAGAAGAAAGAGAGCAGCUAAUUUACUUGAUCAAAAGGGGGAAGAGAUACCAACAUUACAACAGAUGGCUCUAUCUGUUAUAAGUAAAAAUAUAUCUACCUGGGAAACAGAUAACAAUAACGAUAAAUUUUUAUUUACCCAUUUAAGAGAUGUUUUAGGUGGUAUAUCAUUAGAAAACCUAAAUCGAUUAGCUAAUGCAUUGUCUAAGAAUAGGGCACUGAAUGAUAACACGUUGCAAUUGUUUUUGAAGACUGACCUGAAAAGCUUAACCUUUUAUGAUUGUUCGAAAUUAUCCUAUGAAGGUUACAAGACAUUAGUAAUCUUUUCACCUCAUCUGGAAGAACUUUCUUUACAGAUGUGCGGUCAAUUAAAUAAUGAAGCUUUAUUAUAUAUUGCAGAAAAGCUGCCAAAAUUGAGAUCCUUAAAGUUAGAUGGUCCAUUUUUAAUUAACGAAGUUACUUGGAUUAAAUUUUUUGAAACCAUGAAAGGUAAAUUACAGGAAUUUCAUGUUUCGAAUACACAUAGGUUCACUGAUAAGUGUUUGAGCAGUUUACUAGAAAAUUGUCAUCUAGAUUUAGUCUCAAUUGGGUUUUCAAGAUUAGAUUCAUUGUUUAAUUAUGCCAUAUUACCGCAAUAUUUAGUUAAUGAAAAUUUCCAUACACUAGUUAUCGAAUAUCCAUACAAUGAGGAAGAUGUCUCAGAUGAGGUGAUGAUAAAUAUUCUGGGCCAAAUUGGUUCAACAUUGAAAUGCCUCGUAUUAAAACAAUGUGAUGAACUGACAGACUCAAUGGUUGUAAAUGGAAUGAGUGCAUUUUUAGGUGGCACAGAUGGCAUUAAUAAUAACUUAGAGACACUAGUUUUGGAAGCAGUAGAUCAACUGACUACUGAUUCAUUGGUAUACUUUUUUAGUCAAAUAUCUCUACCAUCGUUAAAGACAUGUAGUCUAAGUAGGUGCAUAGAAGUUGGUGAUGAUGCAAUUAUAGAAAUAUUUCUAAAUUCCGCAAAAGAUUCAUUGGUUAAAUUAAAUUUGAAUUCAUUGAAAAAUCUAACUGCAAAAGUCUUUUCAGUUUUUAAAUGCGAUAAGUUAGAAACUCUUGAUUUAGGAUUUGUUAGGUGUGUUGAUGACGUCACUAUAGGAACGAUUUGUAAUCAAAACCUGAGUCUACAACUAGUGGAUGUUUUUGGAGAUAAUCUGAUUACUAAAGAUGCUAAUAUUAGACAAGGAGUUAAAUUAUUAGGAAGACAAAGUGACAGUAUAUAG